UCAGUUUGUUAACUUCUCCAAAAGCCGCAUGGACUUCGGGCGCGCCGCUCACCCAUUUUUUGCAAACCGUUCCUCUCAUUGCGUGGGAUUUUAAUGCAUCCGGGCUGACCCGGUCCACUCUCAAACAGAACCCCCCGCCCCCUUCCUCACAAGUUGUGUUUCAUAGAGUCUUCGUGGAAAUCAUUGAUUGUCAACACAGCAGCGAGGUUUGGAGCCAUAUCAUUGUUUCGACACAAGAUGCCGUUAUUCGACGGGACCAUAGCCUCCACGGGACUGUCGAAACCUCCAAAUAUGUCUGGUUUCCUGAGUAAGCCAGUGCUGCAGUACAACGGCGCUUACUUCACUUAUGACCACAGAGGAAAGGACGGAGCAGGAUUUACUCCUCCUUGGAGCACCUCAAAGCCCUCUCUGCUGGAUGGCAGAAGUCCUGUGAGUCACCUUUCUGGCAUGGAAGGACAAAACCACAUAAUGUACAGGCAAGAAAGCAAAUCUUUAGAGGAAGGCCAUUCUCCUUCAUCCUCUUUGCAUCACAUCCCAGUAAAACCGGGCUUUGCGUUAUACACUAAAGGUCCUGGGAUCAGGAGUCCCGCAGCUGCUGCGCCAGUGGCUGUUAGAAAACAAAAAGCUGGAGCGGAGAAUUCAUCUCCCCCAUCUGAAAACUCUCUUUACCUAGCAAUUCCUAAGCCACAUUAUAUGCAUAACCCCUGCUGUGAUGAACUGGGUUGUGUGAUAGGACAUCAAUACAGUGUGGAACAUGGCUCUCAGAGGAUACCCAGCACUGUAUAUGAGCAUGAUUGGAUGCAAAAUGAUGCCCACUGCACUGAAAGACCACCCGUCCAGAGGACAGGACCAGACACACUGCUGCAACAGAGAGGUUUACAGUUUGAGCCCAGAACGGAACCACUAAAGAGGGGGACGUACAGCCCAGGUAGAGCAGGGACUUUUCCUGCUAUGAUCGACCCAAACUAUAGCAGUUACCCCUGCACCCCAACUCGCCCACUGUAUGGUUCUCUAAGUGAGCAGAGCCAGCGUUUACAAACCUCCCCCAGAGGCUACCCUAGCCUAUACUCCUCCCAUCCCACAUAUGAGCAUAUGACAUCAGAGGUUUAUCAGGAACAUUCUCCCAUGUCCAAAUAUGGCCAGCUAACACAGCACCCGAUGUUUUACUACUCCCAAGCAAAUGUGGAGGUAGAAAACAGGUCACAGUGUAAGCAGAGGGAAGAUGUGCCUGUUAUUCUCAAGCACACAAUCUCAAACCCCCGGGAGCAUUACAUAUUUCCUCAGUCUUUUCAUGGUGAAAUUCCUUUGUCUUGCAGUGAAAUGUUGCAAAAUCAUGUCCUAAUGCGGAGUUUUGACUCUCCAUGUUAUGCAGUUCCAAGAUUUCAUUUGAAUGCAAGCCAAAUCAGAUCCCCCCCAAAAAGGCAACAUGCAAUGCCGAGCUUGCACUCUAAUCACAUUGUUUCCCAAUCAGGCCAAAACAUGGCGCACCACAUGGCCUCUGCAACAGACCAACAUAAGGACAAAUCUAGCCCGCAGUUUGACCAAUCACAUCCCAACUCGCCAUUCCGGCGUGUAAACAUAAGCAGUCCUGCCAGGCGUGUAAGCCCACCGAGUGUCUCACCGUCCAACAUACACAUGAACAGGUUUCAUUCCCCACUCACCAGCAUGCAGAUGGACCAACCCGUCUUUUCACCAACUGGCUUGAACAUGGAAAGAAUCCUAGACUAUUCUUCCAAUGAAGCCCAUGUUAGGUGCCCAGAACAGCCCAAAAGUCUUCCUGUUUCCCCACAAACAUUGCUGCCCCGGUCACCGCAUCACUUUUCAAAUCGAAUCCAAGCAGCUGUAGCAAAUCAGGGAAGUAUCCGUAAGAUAAUUGAUUCCCCCCUUGCACCAGGAAACCAACACAAUGGCCCUGUGUCCAGUCCAGGCUCUGCUAUUCUCAAAAGGUGCCUGAAGAGAAGUAUUUCUCACUCAUUUUCGCCCAUCAAAAUAAAAGAAGAAGAUAAAGAUUUAUGUGAAGUGGGAUUUGUUACAAAACGACAGAGGGUAGAAAUAGAGAAUGCAGAAGAAAGAAUACAAACUAGCUCCCCUCCUAUGCCAGUUAUUAACAACGUCUUUAGUCUGGCACCUUACCAAGCAUACCUGAAGGCCUCUGGAUUUUUAUUUUCAGGCAGAGUACCUCAGAGAGCCGUCCAUUCGUCCGAGCAUCGUGACGUUCAAACCAAGCCAGACAUCAAAGUGAAAAGGCCUGAUCAAGAUGAACCUCAGUCUGUUCUCUGUCUGGUUCCCAAACAAAUCUGUGCACGUUCUCCAACAGAGAAGCCUGUUGUAAAAAUGUUUGAACCUAAAACUAUUAAAGUAGAAAAAGUAGACCCAACAGACACAGAGUACAUUAGUCAGAUGGACUGCAGCAAAAUAAAAAUAAAGAGGGAGCCUGAAGACACUGGUUCCUACAACAGUGAGUCAAUGUUGGUGAUAAAGAAAUGUGAACCUGAUGAACUUGAAAGUAAACCUUCAUUAGCAGAUGAACAUAAGGCUUCACACGAGACUCCAGAUCAUUCCAAAUCUGAGGUGGCUGCAGAGAUACACUCAUAUCCUCGGGUUGACACAUGCAUGAUACCUAAACCCAUUACUUCACCUCACCCACCUGAGAUGAAAAUACAUUUCAAAAACAUUCCUCCAGAGUGUCUGAAACUUUCCACCUUCAGUAUAAUUCUCAGUGAUGCGAAGCCUUCUCGCCCCGCACCCCCCCCAGAGACGCCUCCUGCAUCGCCGAUAACUGAAUGUCCAGCAAAACUAGAGCCCCAGGCGCCAGUCCGAAAGCACUUCUUAGAGUUGCACCUGUCCAUCUGCAAGCUAAUAUCUAACUGUGUGUUGGCCUCCUCAGAGCAGGAGCUCCGGGCCUGGCUGUCUCAGUUCGAACUGACUAUACCAGCAUCUCCUACAACCAAAGUCCCGAAAGUGUCCUGUUUGUUGGGGGUAAAAGCCAGGGUGGGGUGGCUCAAUGAGGAGAUACAGUCAGCGCUCCAUGAUGUCCUGCAGAGGUUGAGAGAGUACACCUUUCAGAAAAGCUGUCCUUUUCCACACGUCAUGCGGACGGGGGCCGUGUUCCUCCCCAUGCUGGUGGUGAAGGAGCUGCUGUUUCCCACAGUGCAGGGCUGCUUCAUCGACCAGGUGCUGCAGGAGCACCGAGUGGAGCUGCGGCCCACUACGCUCUCGGAGGAAAAGAUCCUCAUCCAGCUUCACAAACGAGCCUGCUCCUCCAGGCUGAGGAGACUCAUGUCCCUCAAACACCUGCCGGAUGUCUACUCUGAUGCCGUCAACCUUCUGUAUCACGCUUGUGUCUGCAAACAUCUGGGCUUAGCUUUGGAUGAUUCUGCUGACAGAGAAAAAGUUUGUGAGGAGACUCCCGUUUGUUCAGAAAUCACAGUCUCAGCCCCAGAGUCACCCCCACAUAUACACACCAAGGACCACGAAUCAAUGUCAGAUUGGAACAAUAAUAAUAGAAAAAGCAGGGUAAAGAGGAGUUCGAGGCGAUUGUUUCUGGACAGCAGUUCCUCAGAGGAAGAUACAGAUGAGACAGAGAAGGCCUUAAGUGGAGGCUUGCUGGAUGCAUUUAGUGAGAACAACUGGAGUGGGUUUCAGUUGGAAGGGACUGAGAACAGAGGGAGUGACUGUAUGGUUGCAGAUGAGGAUUCUUCACUAAGCACCCCUCCUGAGAAUUCAUGGAUGUGUCCUUUGACCUUGAACAAAUGUUCUCCAUCUCCAAGGGACACUGAAACAGAGGACUACUGCAGUCUGCCUCCUGUCAGAGACAAGUCUCCAGUGAGACCCAAGAAAUGUUCAGGCGUGAUUCUCAAACUGAGGAGGAUGUUCGGCAAAGGUUUGAACAGAAAAAAGGCUUGCUACCAAGCAGUGUCAGACUCAGGGACAAGUGCGGAUCCUUCCCCCUUGCAGACAGGUGAUGGGGAACUGAGCAGAGAGAGGGACAUUUACAGGAGGACGUCCAAAGGGACCCACAGGCGGCAGAGGACGGGAAGCUUCUGUCACGCAUUAAGACCUCUAAGCACUACUUCUCAUAGAAAACACAGAUCCCUCUUAAAGAUCAAAUACUGUCCCUACUUGACUGCGUGCCACAGCGCUGAGCACAGGAGGGUCCUGCGCUCAGCCGUCCAGAGGGCUCGGAGGGCCAUGAGAUUCUACUACCCCGACCUGGUGGGGAAGAGGAUCCGCCAUCUGUACGAGGAAGACGACAAAUCUGAGGUGUGGUACAGAGGGGAGGUGAAGCGUGUCCACGAGGCCCACACAGACCCUAUAAAGACUAUAUUUGAGGUCACGUAUGACAGCGAGCCGGGGUGGAAGUACUACCUGGAGCUACUGAUGGACUAUAAAAAAGGCUGGCUCAAAGUCGAAGACUAGUUUUCCCACACAAAUGUCUUAAUGCACAUUUUGCCUUUUGUCAAGUGUAAUAAUAAAAUGUCUAAAUUGUUCCCUCUUCGCUGCUUUUUUCACUUGCCGACAAAGGCAGCCUUCAUUAACGCUCUGGCCUCCCCAGGAAUGAAGUUGGACUGUAUUUGGUAAUGUGGUCAGCUUAACAUUCUUAUCAUUUGAGAGCUACAGGAUGCAUUUUGAGCGACUUUAGUCAAUGUGCAACAUCCUGUAGAUGUUGUUUUAAACGCUUAUCUUCUGACACAUGCACCUACUUUAAGCACAUAUUGAAUUUGGUUGUGUGAAAGAAAUGAUACAAUCUUGCCUUUUUUUAAGAUAACUGCAAAAAAAGACCUUAAGUGGCAAUGUUUUUAAACUUUAAUUGUAAGAAACUAUGAUGUUUGGUAUUUAUUGUUGUGUUCCAAUUUUUAUAUUGAUUGAAGUUAGUGACUUGUACAUUGUUUGUCUAUUUGGAUUUUGCCAGUAAGAAAACAGAAAAACAAACAUGACAUCAAGACAUCUUUGAAGGUCUUCACUUAUUCAGUGCCAGCCACAUUUCUGUAGGUUUACAUUAAAAUGCCAGUUUUUUUACAUUAUUAUAACAAAGGUUGUUUAUUCACCCUGAUGACUGUAGUACUUUGUGUUGUAUCGUGUGUAAUUUAAGCUGGACAGGCAUUAGUGUGGGACUCUACUAAAGCUGCCUAAGAGGUCUUUGACACCCACACUGCUGUUUUAAUCUGUGAACAUGAAGAGACUUUCCCCUCAAAUCAUAUUCAGUUUUGUUGGACUACUGCAGACAAAAUGUUUGUUUUUCUCACGGUUUUAAAUAAAUGUGUGUAAUGAUUCAAUGUCUCCUGAUGUUGAAAGUGUACUUUUCUGCCAAAUAUACUUGGUGUUUUUUACUAUGGGACUAAUUG